AUGGAGGAGAUCAAGGCGAGCGCAAGGAUUAUGCUGUUCGGGAUCGACGUGUCGGAUAAGGAGAGCUGCGCCGUGGAGGGCAACGGAGAGGAGACGCCGGCGGAGAGCAGUGGUAGCCCUACGUCGGCGGCGGCCGACGGCGGGAGCAGGAGGUACGAGUGCCAGUACUGCUUCCGCGAAUUCGCCAACUCGCAGGCGCUCGGCGGCCACCAGAACGCGCACAAGAAGGAGCGCCAGCGACUGAGGCGCGCGCAGCUCCGGGAGGCGGCGGAGGCAGGGAGGUUCUACGGCCAUCCCGGGCACCGCCGGCCUGUCGCCGCGGCCUUCGCGCCGCACCUCCUGUCGCCGCCGCAGACGGCCGGAAACUGGGUCUACGCGAGGGUCUCGCCGGUGGUCCGCCUGCCGCAGUACUUUUCGCCGGCGGAGUACGCGUGCGUCGGAGACAGCGGUGGCGGUGGCAGAAGGUUCUAUGGAGGCGGAGGAGCGGUCGGUGGCUCCGCCGCCACCUUCGCUGGACCGUCGCCGGAGCAAGAUGCGGCGGCCGAGGAAGCCUACGGGCUGAACCUAUGCCUGAGCCUGGCCCCCACGGGUUCGUGA